UUUGUUGCUUUUCAGCCUAUGCGCAUGAUUGCACAGUUGUGUUUAUAAAAAUAAAAUGUGCCAUUUUUUCCGAUUAUAAAAGUACAUGUUGAGAGUAGGAUUAUAGGGAAAUUUUAUGAACAAUUUUAUGUAAGUUUAAAACUUAGAAAAAAUGGACAAUUUCCUUGAAGGAUGCAGAUGGUCAAAGCUCAUUUUUGCUACAAAGGACAUUAUUGGGACAUUUGAUUGAAACUACAAUGGAGUUUGAGGAUUAGAUAAUAGUCAUGUAUUCAUAUCAAUGGUCUGAUUUAAUGAAUGUACUAGGUUCUCUUAGAAUGUUCUUGCUUACUGGAAAAAUACACUCUUUAGAGAUGAUGUGCAUCAGCGCUGCAAUUUCCUCUCUAUUGGACUCCCUUGAAUAAGUUCUCUGAACUCCACUUUCAACUUUUUUGCUAAGUUUGGGUUUAUUUAAAAAAAAAAACUAACAGUACUUCCAUUCUCCUGCAUAACACGCACAUAUUUUAACAGGAAGUUUUCUUUCUUUUAUAGCGGAAAUGGAGCCUCCUUUCUGGAGUAAUAGUUCAGUAAAUGUCUUCAGUCACAUAAUCAGAAGUGAAUCCCCUACACUACAGUCUACUGAAUGGUCUUAUCAUUUUCGACACUUUGUAGAUUCUUGCCUCCAGAAAGUCCCUCAAGAUCGCCCUACAUCACAGAAACUUUUAAAGCACAUGUUUGUUCGUCGGGAGCGCCCUGAAACAGUGUUAAUCGAUCUUAUUCAGAGGACAAAGGUGCUUUCCCAGGAGGCACAUAAUGGACCAGCAGUAGAGUCACAGGAAGAAGAGGAACUAGAUUACUGUGUUGGAUGGAAAGGGACAGUGAACAGUGUUGAAAGUCAUCAGUCUGUUCCCAGUAUGUCCAGUGGGGCCAGAAGUCAAAGCACUAGUGUCAACAGUUUUCCAGAUGCCUCAGAUGCUGAGAGAGAGCUAGACAUGAUGGAGGGAUACCACACAGUCACACCUAGCAGUCCUGUCAUCCAUUUAAAACCCGGGAGUAUUUGGAUUUCAGUGAAAAAAAGUUCAAAUUUGGUAACUAAUUUUCUUACUCUGCUUAGUCUAAGAGUUUGGGGUUUUUUUUUCCUUUGA